AUGGCUUAUGUCGCUGUCGAUGCGGACGAUCGACUAGAAGAAGGACCAGAGGGUCUCGAGUUCAAAUCUUUCCUUGGAGCAGACGCGAGAGCAGACCAAAGAACACAGUCCGCAGCGUCAAACCUUGACCGAGGAUAUCUCACAGACCACACCACGCACAAAGGUCCAUCUGGAUUCUGGACAGUCGAUUACUAUCAGCCAUAUUUUGACGUUGAUACAACAACCGUCUUGAAGCGAUGCUACACGACACUCCUCCCUACUUCACCCUCGUACCUGUCGAUUCUUAGCCCCAGUGCCGAUCUAUAUGGCCCUUUCUGGAUCCCAACCACGCUUAUACUGGCGCUGUUCCUUUCUUCAUCCCUUGCAGCAAGCAUCGCGUCUUACCUUUCUGACCCAGGAGUUGCGUAUGAAUAUGACUUUGGCCUACUAGGUCUUGCAGCAACAAUCGUGUAUAUAUACGCAUUUGCAGUACCCAUUCUUCUGUGGCUCGCACUACGCUACCUCGGCGUUGGCGAAUGGGGCGUAGCGGAAGCGCUCGGGGUCUGGGGUUACUCAUUAUUCGUCUGGGUACCUGUUUCGAUACUAUGCGUGGUGCCUAUACCUAUUUUGCGUUGGGUAUUGGUGGGCGUUGCGUUCGGCUUAUCAGGGUACUUUUUGGUGACGAACGUGUACCCAAUAUUGGCAAUGGCCGACGCGAAAGCCACUCGCUUACUAAUAAUCGUGGUCGGCGCGCUACAUGCUGGGUUGGCGUUGACGUUCAAAGUGUUGUUCUUCAGCUACUACGCUAUCCACGAAAUCGGGCCUGGAGCCGAUCCAAUACGGAUGUAG